AUGGCUGAGCAGAAUCGCAAGUGGCAGACACGUCAGGAUGGCCUUGACAAUGUUUUCCAGGUCACGGAGGCGGUGCCGAAGCCUGGAGCGGGCGAGGUACUUGUCCGUGUCAAGGCUGUCUCGCUGAACUAUCGCGACACGGAAGUCGCGAUGGGUCUCUACGGCCACCACAAGACCAUCGAUGCGACCUCCAACCAGCCACUCGUCCUCUGUUCCGACAUGUGCGCUGAGGUGGUUGGCGUUGGGUCCAACGUUUCAUCCUGGAAGACGGGCGAUAGAGUCAUGUCGACUUUCUGCCAGGACCAUCUGACCGGCCAGAUCAAGGCGCACCAGAUGGGGUCCGGACUUGGGUUGCCCUUGGAAGGCGUCCUGCAGGAAUACCGUGUGUUUCCAGAGCACGGAUUGGUCAAAGUACCGGACUAUCUCAAGGAUGAAGAGGCCAGCUGUCUCCCCGUUGCGGCCGUGACGGCCUGGAUGUCGAUCAACGGCCUCCGACCUCUGGGGCAGGCGGGCGGCGAGGGAGAAGUUGUGCUCGUGCAGGGCACCGGUGGUGUCAGCAUCACCGGGCUGCAGAUUGCCAAAGCAAGCGGCGCAACCACCAUCGUGACGUCGUCAUCGGAUGAGAAACUUUCCAGAGCGAAGGAGCUCGGCGCCGAUCACGUCAUCAACUACCGGACGACUCCCGACUGGCACGAAAAGGUCAUUGAGCUCACGGGCGGAAAUGGGGCCGACAUCAUCUUGGAAGUUGGUGGCGCCAAGACCUUACGGAAAUCGUUCAAGUGCGCGUCGUUCGGUGCAGUCAUCAACAGCAUAGGCUACGUGACGGGCAAGCAGGACGACCCUAACGAUGAUCUCACGAAUAUCAACGUCCUUGCACUGACGCGGACUGUCACACUCAAGGGCAUAAUCAAUGGUCCCAAGGACAGGUUCGAGGAGCUCUGUGGCUUCUACGCGAAGCACCAGUACCGCACCGGCUUUGUCAUAAACAGCGCGUGUGACCCGGUCGACUACACAAACCGGACAACAAUCCGUAAGCGCCCCUCCGUCCCUCCCACAUUCCAACUCAAGGCGUAUUUUCUGAACCCAUUCAAGGUCAGCAUGUUGCCACCCAAACCUGGGAGCCCCUUUUCCAUACGUACCCUCCCGGUGUCAAGUCGCCAAGACACCGUGCUUGACGACAAAAUGCAAGCCAAGUACGAAGCCUCUGUCUUGACAAGGAAAGCCGAUUCCGAGGGCUGGUCCGAUAAUGAGCUCACUAAAGCCCUGAACGACUACGCGGUUAAGAGAAUCCAGCCUGAAUGCAAGCCCGCGCCAGUCAGCUCAGCGGAAUCGUCGAGUAAGGUGGAUUCAGAGCAGGUGCAGCAGUUUCAGAAGCGCCAGGAGACCGUCCGCAUUAUGCGUCAGGCCGAGAUGGAAGGGUGGAGUGAUGAAAAGCUGGUGGCUGCUCUCCGCCUCCGGAACUCGAUCCAUUAUGAGCUUCUGAGCACGGUCCCACGCAUCGGAAAUUCCUAG